AUGUUCUUUUUCAACAACAUUUAUAAGCACUCGAUUAUAGUUUUUCAACAGCACAAAAAAGCGGAUUUCGAAAAAUCAAUCCGGCUUUUGAUGAAAACCGAUCCAUUUUACCUUUAUGUGUCCGAAAUUUUCGAGAAGUGCGCGAACUGCUUUUUAGUAGUUCGUGAAUUUCUCUAGCGAAAGUAGGUUUGAAGAAAGAUUUGAAUCCUUGUCAAAUGAGCACUACUGGUACGACGAGAGUGGCCGACGUAUAGAUACUGAACUGAUUUCUAUUUUGGGAAAAGUUUGAUAGCAGAGUGAAAACUUCCUAAUGUAUUGUGCAGACUUUAUUUCUACAGGGGUUUCUACUCGGAUGACAGGCUGGUUUAUGAAAUAAGAAAAACGUAUCUGGCUCUGGCAGUAUUCGCAUUGAACAGAAGUUUGAAUUUCCGCCUUGAUUCCUAAAUGAAAUGGAGUCCACUCGAAUACCCACUGGUUGUAUGGGGAAGAACAGCUCCUGACGGAAUCUCAACGUGUCCAUCCGUCAUGAACAUCUUCGGUUCCUCGUCUCG